CUCCCACAGGUGCGCAACAGGUGCAUCUAUGCAGAGAGGCAGAUUAAAGCGAGAGAAGGAACAGAGAGAGACAGUGUGAGGACACUACAAGGACGUGGAUCAGGGACUCACACACACUGAGAGGACUACCACUGAACGAGUCUACAUCCCCGAAUCAGAGAGUCCGUCAUGGCGUCUUCCUGUGAUCUGAGCAGCGUCCUGACCCAUGCCAACCUGACCAUGUACCCGUCUGGCAGCCCAGACCUCCUGCAGCAGCCGGGCCUGGCCCUGCACCCCCCCUGCAUGGAGCCCCUGCUGAUGCCACACACACCGUACAGCGGCCUCAUGAGUCCCUGGUACGAGGUCCACCCCCAGAGCUGGACCAAACAACAUGUGCUGGAGUGGAUCAGCUUCAACGUGGACGCCUGCAAGCUGGACAGCAGCACCUUAAGCAUGUCCUGCUGCAACAUGGACGGGCAGGCUCUCUGUCAGUUGACGCACGGCCAGCUGAUCAACACCUUCGGCUCCCUGCUGGGGUCAGUGCUCCUCCACAGCCUCCAGGAGCACAAGUCCAAAUAUGAGCACUUCACAGUCACAGGCACAGAGCUGAGCGAGACAUGCAAACUCCUGGACAUCUUCCUGGACAACUUCCCCGAAUUCCCAUUCCUCAACUCCGUGACUAUAGGCGAAGCCAGAGAAGACUCCCCUUAUUGCCUGGACACUAGCGACACCAUGGCACCUCGUAGCGAUGAUGGCUACGACUCUGAAGGUCUGUCCAGUAGCUCCUCAUCAGGUGGGAUAUUCAGCAGCCUCCACCCCAGCUCUCCUGAAUCCAGGAGCAGUGAUUCUGACCCAGAGUUCUGCUAUCCAGCCUUUGCAAAGCACAUCAAGACAGAGAAGUGUGAGGUGAAGAAGAGGGGCAGGGGGAGGCCUCCCAAACUCACCAGGGACCACUUCUUCGACCCCACCUCCAAAAAGAGCAAGCACGCUCCCAGGGGGACCCAUCUGUGGGAGUUCAUCCGGGACAUCCUGAUCCACCCCGAGCAGAACCAGGGGCUCAUGAAGUGGGAGGACCGGCGCGACGGCGUCUUCAAGUUCAUCAAGUCGGAGGCCGUGGCCCAGAUGUGGGGCCAGAAGAAGAAGAACAGCAGCAUGACCUACGAGAAGCUGAGCCGGGCCAUGAGGUACUACUACAAGAGAGAGAUCCUGGAGCGGGUGGAUGGAAGGCGUCUGGUCUACAAGUUUGGAAAGAACUCCAGUGGGUGGAAGCUGGAGGAAACUCGACUGGGCAUGUGAGAUGUGACCGGUGGGUAGAAGCCAUUUGUAUAGAAUGGUGGGCCGUCAAUGAAACAUACUCGGUUUUUAAAGUCCUGCAGUCAUUAGGAUACAAAAAAACAAAUCAUUGAAUGCCCUUUUCUACCUGUAUCAAUCAAACAGAAUCUAACUUCUCUCUUUCGGAGGAGGUGUUGCAGAAAAUGUAAGCCAUUGUUUUUGGCUCAAGUAGGUUUUAUGAACCAAUAUUGUUGUUGUAUAGUGUUGAUGUGUCUUUUUAUACGGCAGUCACUUUGCGACUGGUAUCGUCUUUCUUUGUUUUCAUUGUUGUGAUGGCGAUGGGAGUUUGAGUUGUUACGUUGAGGAAGCCUUCCCAGACCCUGUAUCGGGAAGAGGUGGCAUGUCUAUAUCUGUACUCACUCUGGGGUUUUAUCCAUAAAGGAUUGCAUUUCUUUAUGUACUUUACAUUGUAUGAGAGGAACUCUCCUAAUCUGUAACUUUAGCAGCCCCCUGGGUAUGUGGGCAUUCAUGAUGUGUACUAAUACAAUGUUAGCACUGGGAACAUAUUCAUUUCCAUUGUAAAAAAGAGUACAAUAUACUGUUCAUACUUAUAGUCAAAAUAACUCUUAACAGUGUCUUUUCGAAACAUUGUUUUGAGUUUACCUUGUAAAGGAGCCAUAACGAUUUAUAUUGGAGUUCAACUAUAUAAAUACCCUCAGUUUUUAUGUUUUAUUUGUUAUGAGGUAGAAUUAAGUUAAUUUGUGAAAUAGAGAGAGGGGAGGGACAGCAGACUACAUAUAUGAAGGUAAAAGUAAACAUACAGCUAUUUGUGACAUGAACUCAAGAUUAGCAUGUAUGCUUUCAGUGAGUUAUAUUUUCACUGCAGUUUUAAAGUGAAGUUUUAUCAUUUUAUUUUAACAUAUUCAUGCUCAAAUACUUGGGAUAGUUUACAGCCCGACGUAGGAAGCGUAAAUACAAGUUGUAUGAAUGACAAAUCACCGGGCCCUGACCCCAUUGCUAUUACUCUAUUCAGCUGAUCUGUACAACAUUAGAUCACUUAAUAUUAUGUGUAUGAGAAUUAAAUCUCAGACUAUCCUGUGUAAUAUCUUUACUUUAGUGUAUGGUACAUUGUUUUGUAUGUUUAUCAGUAUAACCUUUUAAUGAAAAUAAAUACAUUUAAUAAAUAUUA